GGAGCGGCGCGCCGCCGACUCGGACGCCACCUAUUCGAGUAUCGUGGCCACCUGUCGCUCGGAGCUGAACCGGCUGGAGCAGGUGCGGACCCUGGUAGAUCCGCUCGGUCUGGGCGCCGACCCCGCCUCGCCCUGCUACAAGCCAGAAGUCGCCGACGUGGCAGCUGUGAUCCAGAGGUGGGAGGCGCUGCGGACGGCUGCCAUGGAGCGCCAGCACAGUGCGGACGCGCUUGGCGGCUUGCGCGAACGCAUCCGCACCUUCCGGCUCGCGCUCGCCGACCUGGACGAGCGCACCAAUCACGCCAUGGCUAAAGUAGCCAGCGACGACGACCUGCAGGCGCGCAUCAGCGCCGUCAAGGCGCUGCAGGAAGAGCUGGCCGAUCGGCGCCGGGAGCUGGUCACCAUCAACACGGACGUGCACGGGCACGUGACCGGCGGCGGCGGCGACCCCUCGCUGAAGGACGACAUUGCCACCCUGUACAGGAUCUGGGACGAGGUCAACCACCGGAGCCGCGCCCAGUUGGAGCAGUUGACGGCGCUGGAGGCCACGUGGCACGCCUUCCGGGCGGCGCGUGCCGAGCUGGCCGCCGUGCUGCAGGCCGACAAACAGAAGCUGGGCCUGCUGCGGGAGGCGCUGCUGACCGGCGGUGACGUCGGCAGCCGGGUGCAAGACGUGGCUCGCGUGCUGACCGACCGCUGCCGACAGCGGGACACGGCCGCCGGCGCCGGCGCCCAGAGCGCUGAGCAGCUGGCCGAGCAGCUGGCGGCGGCCGCCGACGACCUCUCGGAGGGCACCUCGGGCUACGACAGCGCCUGCUCGGAUGACCUGAGCGAGCGCGAGCGGCGGCUAGGCCGCCUGCGACGCAUGGCGCGCGACCUGGAGGCCGUCGUCAGCCCGGCUAGUCCGGCCUGGGACGACAUCGAGCAUACGCUGACGUCAGCCGCCUCGGAGCUGCGCGAGCUGCAGCAGUCGUGUCGCGAGCUGGUCAUCAAGACGACGGCCCAGUUCCAGGCCGACACCGGCCCCUCCGGCGGCAGCCCCCUGCUCAGGCGGAAGAGCUACUCGGCGUCGCGGCGCGAGCUGGCGCCGCUGUCGGGCGGCGGCCGCGGCCGGCGCGGCUGGCUGUGGCGCGUGCUGCGUGCCGCACUGCCCUUCCAGCUGGCGCUGAUGCUCUGCUUCUGCGUGGCCUGCCUGCUGGAGCCGCACUGCUGUGAUCACCUGAACAACCUGAGCAUGUCGCUGACGCCGCAGCUGCGCUACAUGCGUGGUCCGCCGCCCAUCUGAGCGCCCGCGCGUCCGGACGGCGAGCGGCGUGUCCGCCAGUGUGUCCGGACGGCGAUCGGCGUGUCCGCCAGUGUGUCCGGACGGCGAGCGGCUGCGUGUCCGCCAGUGCGUCCGCACGGCGAGCGGUGUGUCCGCCAGUGUGUCCGGACGGCGAGCGGCUGUGUGUCCGCCAGUGGGCCGGCCGGCGCAGUGCGUCGCGACAUUCCUGUUUCCUAGUCAGCCAGAGGUGGUGGACAGGCGUGGCGGCGAGCGGCCGCGGGAGACCCGUGGGAUGUAGUGGGAGCGUCACCCGCGCAGAGUCGGUGCAAGAGGACCGAGCUGACCGGGGCAGACAGCAGCAGCAGCAGACUGCGGCCGUCUGUCGCACCACAGCCGCCCAUCGACAGCACAGCCACGCCUCGUGGCGUGCCAGCGCCUCCGUCCACACCGUCUGUACCGAACGUGACCGCGCGCGUCUCACAAGAGACAGCCGCGCCGCCCCUGCGAGGGCCGACCCACCACUAGCAGCGUUGUCUGUCACCUGACCCACGGCCCGGCCCGGCCUGGCGCGUGGCGACCGUCGGCGCGGGCCUCGCCCCGCCGGCGGCCGCCUCCCGCCGCCCGGCGGCCCAGCUGUACAGACUUAACUGUAAGGCGUAGCCGUUAAGGUCCGCUAGGUUAAGUUGUGUCGGUGACUAGGGGUUUAAUGAGUGCCUUGAGCGGCCGCACAACCGGAGCCGCGACGGCCGGGCCCCGCCAGCUGUAGAGUAAGCCCGUCUACCGGGCGGACGGCCCACGGGAGGCGGCGGGCGGCACGGGCCGCCGCCGCCCCACUAACAAACCCGUGUGCCUUACGAGCGAGUAGAGGACCGCCGUCUCCACGCCACGUGGACGCUUGUACAUGGCUGAGCUUCUGUGGGGGCGCUGGGCGGGGAUGAGGCGGCGAGCGACGCAGGCGCGGGACAGAGCAGUGCGGAGACGCCAGCAGGGCACCCGAACGCCACCAGAGUAGAGGAGCCUUGCUCCGCAGUCCAGGGGCGCGCCUCUCUUGACUACUGCCAUGAGCAACGGGUUAGAAAAGCAGUGUUGUCAUGGAGACCGAUCGUGGAAAUUCGUACAAAGCUGAAUGCCUGCAAUUUACUUAGGUGUAGCCCAUACCUGACAUAGAAACAUCAUCUACGUGCUUGUCGCCGGUGGCCAAAGAUGAUUUGGAAGCUUUAGUCGUCAAAAGUACCAACUCAUUGGUCGGGUCGUUUGAUUCUGUUACGGUAUGGUACUGAUUUUGUGACAGUGAUGUGUCUUUAUAUGUUUAUAUAUAGUAACGUGCAAGAGCGCGAGCGGGGAUCUAGACAGUGUAAGUACUCGGUAACACUUAAUACAGCAUCAUAAAUCUGA